CGCAUGCGUGCACGCCGCCGGUCGUGCUGGGCUGAGAGGGGAGGAGGCGGCGGCGGCGGAGUCGGUGUCGUUAUUUCCGUGGUCCGGACAGUGCGUGGCGGCGCGGGUGACCACGGGAGAAGCAUAAUGGUUAUGAAAGCUUCUGUAGAUGAUGAUGAUUCAGGAUGGGAGCUCAGUAUGCCAGAAAAAAUGGAAAAAAGCAAUACAAACUGGGUGGACAUUACCCAAGAUUUUGAAGAAGCUUGUCGAGAAUUAAAGUUGGGAGAACUACUUCAUGAUAAGCUAUUUGGUCUUUUUGAAGCCAUGUCUGCUAUUGAAAUGAUGGAUCCCAAGAUGGAUGCUGGCAUGAUUGGAAACCAAGUUAAUCGAAAAGUUCUCAAUUUUGAACAAGCUAUCAAGGAUGGCACUAUUAAAAUUAAAGAUCUCACCUUGCCUGAACUGAUAGGGAUUAUGGAUACAUGUUUUUGCUGUUUGAUAACAUGGUUAGAAGGCCAUUCGUUGGCACAGACAGUAUUUACGUGCCUUUACAUUCAUAAUCCAGACUUUAUAGAAGAUCCUGCUAUGAAGGCUUUUGCUCUGGGAAUCUUGAAAAUCUGUGACAUUGCAAGGGAAAAAGUAAACAAAGCUGCUGUUUUUGAAGAGGAAGAUUUUCAGUCUAUGACUUAUGGAUUUAAAAUGGCUAACAGUGUGACAGAUCUUCGAGUUACAGGCAUGCUAAAAGAUGUGGAGGAUGACAUGCAAAGAAGAGUAAAGAGUACUCGAAGUCGACAAGGAGAAGAAAGAGAUCCAGAAGUUGAACUAGAACACCAACAAUGUUUAGCAGUAUUCAGCAGAGUGAAAUUUACUCGUGUGUUACUGACAGUGCUUAUAGCCUUUACUAAGAAAGAGACCAGUGCUGUUGCAGAAGCUCAAAAAUUGAUGGUUCAAGCAGCAGAUCUUCUUUCUGCCAUUCAUAAUUCAUUGCAUCAUGGCAUCCAGGCCCAGAAUGAUACUACAAAAGGAGAUCAUCCAAUUAUGAUGGGUUUUGAACCCCUUGUGAACCAGAGGCUACUUCCACCUACCUUCCCUCGAUAUGCAAAAAUAAUUAAAAGAGAAGAAAUGGUCAACUAUUUUGCAAGAUUAAUAGAUAGAAUAAAAACUGUCUGUGAGGUUGUGAAUUUAACAAAUUUACAUUGUAUCCUGGAUUUUUUCUGUGAAUUUAGUGAACAGUCACCAUGUGUUCUUUCAAGAUCUCUGUUACAGACCACUUUCCUGGUGGAUAACAAAAAGGUCUUUGGAACUCAUCUCAUGCAAGACAUGGUGAAAGAUGCACUUCGGUCUUUUGUCAGUCCUCCGGUGCUUUCCCCCAAGUGCUACCUAUAUAAUAAUCACCAGGCUAAGGACUGUAUUGACUCCUUUGUUACUCACUGUGUUCGGCCAUUCUGUAGUCUUAUUCAGAUCCAUGGACAUAACAGGGCUCGACAGAGAGAUAAGCUUGGUCAUAUUCUUGAGGAAUUUGCUACCUUGCAGGAUGAGGCAGAAAAGGUUGAUGCAGCGCUUCACACCAUGCUGUUGAAACAGGAACCCCAAAGGCAACAUUUGGCCUGUUUAGGUACCUGGGUCCUUUACCAUAACCUUCGCAUUAUGAUACAGUAUCUUCUAAGUGGCUUUGAAUUGGAACUCUACAGUAUGCACGAGUACUAUUACAUAUAUUGGUAUCUCUCUGAAUUCCUUUAUGCAUGGUUGAUGUCAACACUGAGUCGUGCAGACGGCUCUCAAAUGGCAGAGGAAAGGAUAAUGGAAGAGCAGCAGAAAGGCCGUAGUAGUAAAAAAACAAAGAAAAAAAAGAAAGUUCGCCCUUUGAGCCGAGAGAUCACAAUGAGCCAAGCGUAUCAGAACAUGUGUGCUGGAAUGUUUAAAACCAUGGUUGCAUUUGACAUGGAUGGCAAAGUACGUAAACCGAAGUUUGAGCUUGAUAGUGAACAAGUUCGGUAUGAGCACAGGUUUGCUCCGUUCAACAGUGUGAUGACCCCGCCGCCCGUGCACUACUUACAGUUCAAGGAAAUGUCUGACCUCAAUAAAUAUAGCCCUCCUCCUCAGUCUCCUGAAUUGUAUGUGGCAGCUAGUAAGCACUUUCAGCAGGCAAAAAUGAUAUUGGAAAAUAUUCCUAACCCGGACCAUGAGGUUAAUAGAAUUUUAAAGGUUGCCAAACCCAACUUUGUGGUUAUGAAGUUAUUGGCAGGAGGACACAAAAAGGAAUCUAAAGUUCCUCCUGAAUUUGAUUUCUCUGCUCAUAAAUAUUUUCCUGUUGUGAAACUUGUUUGAGAGAGACUGGGAAGGUGGCCACAAAGGGGCAGAGUCUUCUUUCAGACCCCACUCUUCGAGGGCACAUCACCAGGCUCCACAUCACGGGAAGUGAGAUGGAUUUCUUGGAUAACUCAUUAUAAGGAAUACUUUUAGUUUGACAGCCUUAUAUGACGUGAAUGAAAACUGCUGUUUUAAAGUGGUUUAUUAUGUUCCAUGGAAGAAACUGGUCUUACUGAAUGCAUUGAUGAACAUUAUAUGGUUUUAUUACAGAUUUAAUCACAAAUCAUUUUUUAUGAAUGAUUGAGUGAAAAUAGUGUUUGUAAAGGUUAAUAAAUUUCUUGACCAAAAAAAAAAAAAAUGCACUGCUGGAGAUGAGAAACAGUAGCUCUCUGUCCAUGUUAAGAACCGAAGAAGGUGUAUGCUCUUUAACAUUUGAGUAGUUCCAAAACGUUAUCCAAAAGAAGUUUCAAAUCAAGGGGUUAAUUAAACACUUGUAUGAGAUUUUGGUAAAAUACAUUUAGAAGAGAUUUUUAGGAGGACUUCUAAGAUAGAAACUAAAUUACAUGAAAAUUGUGAUUUUUGUGUGUCAUGACAUCACAAAUUAUAUAUCUAAGAAUACAGAUGUGUAAAAAAAAAAUCCUUUACCUGUUACUUUUGGCACUUUUAAAAGAUUAUACAUUAUGUUUGCUGGUGACAUUAUUCAAAAAGGAGGCAGAUAGAAAUGUAUAUAGAUUAAAAUUUAGGUCUAGGUUUAAA